AUGCAGGAGGAACAAACGACCGAGGGGACCAAAGGACCCGAAACCGAAGUGGUCUUCCAAAAUCAAGAGAGGCGUUUCACGUUUUGUGGCCACGACCUCAAAAUCAUUCAGCACUUGAAAAACCUCGACAUACCAGCCGUGAUCUGGCCGACCGGACUCGCUCUUUGCAGGUAUUUUGAAAAAGCGGGGCUGAAUUUUUCUGGGAAGAAGGUGAUCGAGCUGGGAUCUGGCACGGGGUUCGUGGGGAUUCUUGCCGUUCUGCUGGGGGGCGACGUGACCUUGACAGAUCUACCCAUGGUUCUGAAUCAGGUGGAGGAAAACGUUGCGAAGAACAUCCCGUCGACCAUGAUGCAGCGAUCGAAGGUCUCCGCCCUCCAGUGGGGUGAAGACCACGGGAACUUUACGUCGGACUAUGACGUCAUCCUGGGUUCGGGAGUCGUCUACUACCGGCGACACUUCCGAUUUCUGAUCGACACUCUCCUGCACCUCAGCAACGAAAGGACCGUCAUAUACCUGAGCUCCUCCAUGUGCCACGACACUGGGGCCGUUGACUUUCACGAGAAUAUAGUCCCACAGCAUUUUAAUUCCGAAAUUGUGGACAGAAUCGAAUCGAAAGAUAUAAGUGUGUUCAAAAUCACCAGGAAGCACACUACAUUUCAGUAA